AACUUUUCACUUCACAGGAAAAACCCAGUACCAUAAUCUUCACAGUUGUCAUUUCAUUUACCGCUUGAUCCCCUGGUGGAACCAUGGGAUUGGUCAUCUUCUUGAGCUCUCUGUUUCUGUUUCUUCUUCUCUGGUCUCUUGCCAAGCUCUUGCACAAGCUAUGGUGGAGCCCGCUCACGAUACAGAGGAUGAUGACCCAACAAGGAAUCACAGGCCCUCCCUACAGGUUCCUCCAUGGAACCAACAAGGAAACCAUCAAGAUGAGGAUGAAAGUCAAGAACACACCCAUGAGCAAUCUCUCUCACGACAUAUUCCCUAAGAUUCAUCCUCAAAUCAAUGCAUGGAUAGAUGCUUACGGGAGGAAUUUCCUGAAUUGGCACGGACCUCAAGCUCAGCUGGUCAUCACAGAGCCAGAGCUUAUUAAGGAGGUGCUGCUCAACAGAGAGAGAACAUACGCAAAGACAGAAACUAAGGACUUUUUCAAGAAGCUUCUAGGAGAUGGGCUCGCGAGCACAACCGACGGCAAGAAAUGGGCGAAGCAGCGUAAACUCGCCAACCACGUUUUCCACGGGGAAAGUUUGAAGAAUAUGGCACCGGCAAUGGUGGAGAGUGUUCACACAAUGCUAGGAAGAUGGAAGGAUCAAGAAGGGAAAGAGAUCGAGGUGUUUGGAGAGCUUAGGUUCUUGACAUGCGAAGUGAUUUCAAGAACUGCAUUCGGGAGCAGCUACGUCGAGGGGAGGAACAUUUUUCAGAUGUUGACAGGAUUGGUAUCGUUAACAGCCAAAAAUGCUUUCAAUAUAAGGUUACCAGGAAUGAGUAAGCUUUGGAAGACGGCGGAUGAAGUCGAAGCGGAGAAACUUGAGAAAGGCAUAUGCGAUUCCAUCGUGCAGAUGAUCAAGAGAAGAGAGAAGAAGGUGAUUGCCGGUGAAGCGGAUGGCUAUGGGGAUGAUUUCCUAGGACAACUUGUGAAGGCUUUGCACGAUGGGGACAAGAGCAAGAAAAUUACAGUAGAUAAUCUAGUGGAUGAGUGCAAGACAUUCUACAUCGCCGGACAAGAAACCGGCAACUCAAUGAUGACAUGGAUGUUAUUCCUCCUCGCAAUGUAUCCAGAAUGGCAAGAGGAGGCAAGAAAGGAGGUUCUUAAUGUGUUUGGGAAUAGAGACCCUGAUUCCGAUGGACUAGGAAAACUAAAGAAGAUUGGCAUGAUCAUAAAUGAAACUCUGCGGUUGUACCCCCCUGUAGUCAGCUUGGGUCGAAAGGUGGCAAAAAAACAGAGGUUAGGGAAGCUUGUUCUUCCUGCUAAUAUUCACAUCUAUGUACCAACCCUGAAGCUUCACCAUGACCCAGAAAUCUGGGGGGAAGAUGCGCAUCAAUUCAAGCCAGAGCGGUUCUCAGAAGGCAUAGCCAAGGCUACUAACAACAACGCGGUCGUGUUCAUCCCCUUCGGCUUCGGACCUCGAUCUUGCGUCGGGAUGAGCUUCGUGGUGGCUGAAGCGAAAGUCGCCCUUUCGAUGAUCCUCCAGCGCUACACCUUUGAGCUGUCCCCGGCGUACAUCCACUGCCCAGGUCAGCUCCUUACAACCCACCCGCAAUAUGGACUUCAGAUCAGAUUUCAUCCUCUGCAGUAGCUGAUCACCGCAUGAUGCUCAGCUGCAACUGUGCAUAAAUGCCACCAUAGGUCAAUGCAACAAUGGCUUGUGAAUUCUUGGUUCCAGAGGCAUGUGAUAUUCAUAAAGGUGUCAAGGUUUCGUUCUCUUAAUUUGGACAGUAUAUUCUUAGUGUGUAGUGUAUUGGGUUUGCCAAGACUCUUACAGGGUG